AAGAAAAAACUCAAAACAAACAUGGCGGACAGGGUAUCUGACAGCGAAGUUCAGCCUGCCAAGCCCAAACGUCGACGAAUCCUCGACCCGUCGGCCAUCGUGUCCGUACCGGUUUACUCCAACAAGGUGAGCAGCAGUUUGCAGCUGAAGCCGACAGCAGCUGUGUUCGCCGUGAAGCCAAACUCAGACAACGACGCCGACGACGGUUUGUGGUCGGAGCUUUCGUCUCGAGGAACGCUGCCGCCGAAGCCCAACGUCAUACUCAGCGACUCCGAGGACGAAGCAGAACUUGAACGGAACAAAGCAGCAAAGAAACAACCAGAAGCUGUUCGCUGCCCGUCUCCUCCUCCAGAGACUCCGGUCCAGAAACAGUCGAGGAAAGUCAAACAGAAGAUCAAUGAAAUCGACCGAAGGCUUCGGGCCGUCAGCUCUCUUCUCUCUCCGGAGCCUCAGAACAGAACAUCUAGACGCCGUCGAAGUCGACCGUCUUCGCCGCCCGAAGAGCAACGAGACAUCAUUGCCCCCGUCGACGACGACGUCAUCAUCAUGAACCCUAACGAUGACGAUGACAUCAUCAUCAUGAGCCCUGAGACGGGGUCACAGAGUUCACCGUACAGCCAGACGGUCCGGGAGAUUCCCCUGAAGAUCCGCUGCAGAACCGAAGUCCACAAGAUCCCAGUUCUGUCGUCGACGCCUCUAAGCGACAUUGUGGCCCGGCUGUCCCUCAUCCUGAGAGUCCCACCUCCUCGCCUCCUGCUGCUGAGGGAGGAAGUCGAGCUCCCGACCGACUCCACGGUUGGCGAGCUCGGCAUCAGCAUCGCUGACAUCAUAGAGUGUGUCGUCAUGGCAGCGGAGGAUAAAAGCCAAGCAUGCAGCAGCAGCAUCAUCACCGUGAGACUGCAGAGCAAAGACAGAGCUUCCUCUCAGGAGUUUUCUCUGGACAGAGAUUCUCCGCUGGGCUCCGUCUUCUCCCAGUAUCUGUCCACGAUGUCAUCCGCCGCUCAGAAAACGGUCCGCUUCCACUUCGACGGCUGCAAAGUGACGAACAGCCAGACGCCGGCUCAGCUCGACAUGGAGGAUGGAGACAUCAUCGAAGUGUGGACCUGACACUCACCGCCAUUUCUGACCUUUGAUUUUAGAGCCACUGGUUUAGUAUUUCAGUUUCUUUAUUAAAAAAAAGUCACUUUAUUUUGUAAAUGUUGAAAAUACAAACCUGCAGGUGUUGUUUUGAUGAAUAUGGAAUUCUAUUUUUAGACAUUUUUCAAAAUGUAAUUAAGAAAAAAUUUACAUGAUAAUAAAUGAGUAGAAUUUAUUAAGAAUA